CCUGUUGCGUGCACUGGCGCAAAAGCCACUGGCCGCGCGUUGGGGGUAGGGGUUUGGGACGAUUUGUUUUAUUAUUAUGCUUUUAAUGAAAAUCUGGCAAUGCCAAGUUAUCUAUGCUGUAUCUCAUCACCAGCUGGGAUUCCUGUUCUCUGCAAAAAGAAGGGUGACAUUGCCAAUCUACCAUUUCCAAUCCAGGCUGCCCUAAAUGGAGCGUUUGUUUUUGGCAAGUCAUUUGAUGUUCAUCUACUAAGUGUGGAGACAACAUGCUGCCAAAUAAGAUGGAGAGAGUUCCAGGACAGUGUGACGGUGAUCCUGAUCUGCAAGCUGUCCACCGGCGACCCCAUCCACUUGGACCACCUGAUGGACCAGGUCUGGGACGCCAUGGUUCUCUGCGUCGGGGUCGAUGACCUCGCAAACAUGGCCAACGUCGAAAAGGUCAAACGGCAACUCAAGGGCUGCUACCGACUGGUGGACCGACUGCUGGACGGCCUGGAGGAGGGACACGACACCUUCUGCGACCUCACCGGCCUGCCGGACGUCAUGCUACUGCCGCCGUCCACCAAACUGCAGAUGGCGCUGGAGCUGGUGACCGAGUCGGCCGACUCGACGUACGGCUGUCUUCUGGUGCACGGCCGGCUGGCGGCGGCCACGCGCAACUGGCACCAGCUGGCCGCGCGCGACCUCUGCCUGCUGGCUAUGUAUGUGCGCGCGGCGCGCGGCUCGGCCGCCGCCCGGGACGUCUCCGUCUUUCUGCCCGUCAAGAGCCCGCACGUCCCGUUCCGGCUCCUCGUCUGCCGGCUCUCCGAGGUCUCCGAGGUGUGCGUCCUCUGCGGACCCACGCCCUCCCUGGAGGAGCUCGAGCGAGAGACGGUGCGCCACUGGGGACCCGUGCUGGAGACAGUGCGCCUCCAGGAGCUGGCGCAUCCCCGCGACCUGCCCGCAUCGGUGGUGCUCGAUCCCGCCCUGCUCAGUGUUCUGGUGGAGAGCGAUGCCAUCCAGCGCUGUGUGGCCUCCUGUAGCCCCCACGGCGGAGUCCCCGAGAGGCCCGCCCCCGCCCCCGCCCCCGCUGCCGCCGCCGCCGCCGCCGCCAUCGAGACCCGCCGCCGUCAGCUGCGGACCUUCUACCGAAUGUCUGCCAGUCAGCUGCAUCCAGGCCGAUUCGACGGCUCAGCGCCAGUGUCAGCGGACGGCGGAGGCGGCGGCGACGGUGCGCAGGCCACGGAGACCUACUCGAUGUCCGACGACCACUGCUGCUACGGCCUGCGCUCGGGACCCCACUCCGUCUACGCACUGUUCGUCAGGGACACUCCGCCGCAUGUGAUGAGGGGAGUGACUCAGAACACACUGCAGCAGCUGACUUCCAUCAAACAAGUCCGCUUCUGAGGUCCGCUGCGUCCAUGAACAAAUGACGCCACUGUCUUCCGUCCUCCAAACGACUGUGAUAUACAUUCCGUCCUUCCGUCUGGCGUCUACUCACUCAGCAUCUUCACAAAGUGAAGCGCUCCAAUCGGCGUUCGUGGGCGUCCGUGUGAUUGUGCGCUGAGAGGUGACGCAUUCCGCGUCUGUUAAUGGCAGGCCUGUGCGCGUUUGUCGUCGUCCGGAGCUCUCCGGGGAGUGUCUGUUUCGGUCUGAGCCGGAACGUCGUCCGGUCCCCGCCAGAGCGAAGGAUGUGCUUCCUAUGUGUGGUCACCGGUCGGGCCCGGAAGCAACCCAAGAUAGCCGGAAUCGGCUGCAGACGAGACGGGCAUCGCAGUGUGAACUGCUUCUGAGACAACGCUCGAUUUUUUUUUUGUACAAUUACAUAGUUGUGGGACCCUACGUCGUUCUUGGAAUGGGGCUACCCAGCGGCGGGCCCCGGGCCCCCGGUGCCGGAGAGGGGAAUAUGAGGGGCGGGUGGGGGAGGGAGGAUGCGACUAGCCAAACCCCGCGCCUUGGCUGUGUAUUUACGCCAUAUGCUCCGUAUGUGCGCAUUUGACGCGGAGUUGGACGUGUCAUGGGCGGGUUGUCCGACGCUCGUCUCAAACGGUUUCCAGAACCGGUCGACGGGCCGCGAAAUCUCCGGUGAAUACCCAAUGGCUGCUCUGACGGUAAAACCGGUUUUCUGCCCAUUCAUUAGAAUUCUGCGCUACUCAGAUUACGAGCGCAGCUGGCCGGCCGUAGUCGAGACGAGCCGCGAAGGGCGAACGGGUGUCUGUGUUACGCUAUAAGACUUUGUUUUUAUUGGAGUGUUGACCUCAAUGCUGCCAUUCAAAUGUCCGUUUUGGUGGCGCUCAUGACCCAGCAAGAAGUAUUAUGUCCAGUGUCCACUCUCAUGUGUCUUCCGAUUGUAGCGUUUACUAUUUCCCAUGUUCCGUGAUGAAUUAAAAGCAGGAAGCGUUUGUCUUCCAUAUUU